GUUCUUAAGCAUAAAAGGGGAACAAUUUGUGAAAAUAAUCCAAAGCGUUUGAAAUUUGUGCGACAAAGAAAAAGGAGCAGCUGAAGGCACUUCGACGGCAAGAGCAACAUGCAGCGGCCGAACUUCGGUUCAAUUAUGCGCGCAAUCAAAGCAACUUAAUUACUCCAAGUUCUCCGGCGACAACACACAGAGGCGCAGAAAUAUAGAGACCGCAAUCUCAGAGCCAGUAGUCUAAUAGAGCAGCGCUGCGACUAUGCAAAUUAGCCAAACCAAUUCACAGAGACAGAUUGGUAAACAAAAUGGCACUGAAAGCGCCAGACCCGCAUCACUCGAUUUAAUUGAAGUACCAGUCGCAAGAGAAAUUGUCAACAGUAUCCAAAUUAGCAGACGCGCUUGCCUGUUCCCAAUGCUCCUUCUGCUCUUCCUGUUUGGCCUCGUUUUCGGCCCCCAGGAUUGUGUUGCCGACUGCCGCGAGGAGCCAGCCCGCGAUUGCGAGGCUAUUUGCGAUGCCAGUGGCAGGAACUGCACUAUUCGGGCAUUGGUUCUGCUGCCCGACGACAAUAUGUACCAGGCCUCCUUGCCGCGUGUCCUGCCAAUUCUCAAAGUGGCCGAGCAGCAGAUCCGCUCCAAGUCCUUGAUACCGCCGCACAUCGAUUUCGAGUGGCUGGCCCACGACACCAAGUGCGAUGCCUCCCUCGGCGUGAUCAAGGCCAUGGAUGGCAUUAUCAAGCAGUGCGCCCAGGUGAUCUUCGGACCCGUCUGCGAUUACUCCUUGGCUGCAGUAAGCCGGAUUACCAAAUACUUCAAUAGCCAGGGCACCCCACUCAUUUCGGUGGGAGGUUCCACCUACGACUUUGAGCAAAAGAAAACCGACUGUAAUGACGAGUUCUAUAUGCUGUUGCGAACGGGAAUGCUCAGUUUCGAGACAAUUUCCGAGCUGACCAUAAACGUGAUGAAGCGACACAACUGGUCGCAUUCAAUCUUCUACUAUGAACGGGAUGGCCAGCGGAGUGUGGCCGGAAUGCACACCUGCUUCCUCAUGAUGAAAUCCUUGGGAAAACAAAUGCGUAACGAGAACAUGACAUUCGCCCAGUUUCCGCUCGAGCCCAACUUGACAAAUCGCACGGAGGAAAUGCGUCGAGAAAUAGGCAAUAAACAUGCAAGUGAGUGGCACGAAUAA